AUCUAGACUCGACAGGCCCGGGAAGCGUGACAUUCACGCAAGCACACGCUUCCGCAUGUGAUACGCCUACUAUACCUACCUACCCACGCGGCAGAACCCUCGCCUGCUCCCGUCAGAAUUGCGCCUUCAUGGAUCUUGCCUAACCUAGCCUCUGACAUCGCCCGGUGAGCCCUCUUGAACUACUGGUCGGCAGGCCGGAUACUGCAGACGCGACCAUGGGGUCCAACCUCGAAGAAUUCCUCCGACCCCUUUACAUGGACGCGGCCAAGGCGCACGCGUUGUCCCGCGAGCUGUACGAGACAUUUCGGCAGCUGUCUGCCCACUCCUUGAACCAGUUCCUCCCAACUCCAAUCUCUGAAUCAAUAUUACGGCCGACCGAAGGCAAGGAAAAGGGACGGUAUCUAGCCAUCGACAUCGGUGGUACCAACUUGAGGGUCGGCUUUAUCGAGCUCCUGGGGAACGAGCAAGGUGCGAAUGCCGUACUUGUCAACGGGGUCGGUGGCGGCGGCGAGCUCUCUCAGCCGGAAUCGCCACCGAACCUACGUCGAGUUCUCGAGAGAGAGUGGCCCAUCUCAGAUGUUCUCAAAAUUGAGAACGCCGAUUCGCUCUUCAAGUGGAUCGGAAAAUGCAUCGCCGAAGUUGUGCGGCAAGGUUGCGAAGAAUUCGGCCUCCCUCGAGACCGCGAGCUUCCCAUGGGGGUUACAUUCAGCUUCCCCAUGGUGCAGGAGACUUUAGCCGACGCGACCCUGAUGGCGAUGGGAAAGGGCUUCGCGAUCACGUCGCGCCUCGAUCUGGGAACCCAUUUAAUCAACGGGUAUGAGAGGUCCAAGGGUCCAGACUUGCCCCCGAUCAAAAUCACGGCCAUCUUAAACGACGCCGUUGCGACAUUGGUAUCGUUUAUAUACCAAUCCAAGGAGGAUAGCUGCCGUAAAGCGGCGAUGGGACUGAUCUGCGGUACCGGUAGCAACGCGACGAUACCACUGAGGAAAAGUACGCUCCACAAAAAUAAACAACCCGGAAAAGUCAAGGUUCUAGACGACGACUCGACCGACGACAUGAAGAUAGCCGUCAACACCGAGUGGAGCAUUAACGGGACCGCACCAGCCUUGCGCAAGUUCGGCCUGAUCAGCGAGUGGGAUGCCAAGCUCGACGCCCAAGGUGAGGCGCCCGGGUUUCAGCCGCUCGAGUACAUGACGGCGGGCAGGUAUCUAGGCGAACUAGGACGGUUGAUGCUAUUGGACUACCUCGAACGCUACUUACAUAUACCCGCGGACUCUGUACCCCCGCAGCUCCUAACACGAUUCGGCCUCACCACCACCUUUCUCAGCCAUUUCCGGCCCCCGAACGUGGUGUCACUUCGAGAAAAGCUGGAGGCCGAGUUUCCUCAGUCGACCGCGCGAGGGGCAUUUCGGUGGACGGAGGAUAUGGCAGCGGUUUUAUAUGGGAUAGCCAAAGCCAUCGAAGUAAGGGCGGCCGGGAUCAUCGCGGCAGCCACCGUCGGGCUGCUCGCAUGCGCCGGCGACAUCCCCUUCCGAGUGCCGGCGUCAGAGGUGGCCGACGUCGGCGCCGCGGCUAAGGGGGCGGAACGGCGGCCCAAGGUGGACUUGAUCGUUGGGUAUACAGGCGGUUGCAUCGUCCACUUCCAGGACUACCUGGCCGACUGCCAGAACCUGCUCGACGCGAUAAUCCGAGCCGAGUUCGGCGACGACGCCCCCGUGAGGGUGGUGCUGAGCCCGUGCCACGACGGGGGCAUCACCGGCGCAGGUGUGCUGUGCGGUUCCUCGCAGGCCAAGUCUAGAGACGUGAUCACGCGAGUCUAGACAGUCGGGGGAUGAGCAGCCUUCGCCGCGGAGAGUAGGGAAUAGACAGGAUACGGGCGGUUCCGGAGUUUCAGAGCGGGAUGUAUAUGGCCAUGUCAGGAUUAUAGGUAGAGGGACGCAGAGGAAGAGGAGAGAGAGAACAUGGUGGCGGUCUCUCCUGCAUCUGCUCUAUGAUGAUAGGGGCAGGUUUGGCGCGGUGAAACAUGACCCUUAUAUAUCUAAUGCUGAAGCCGUUUCCUGUUUUGUACUCGCAGCAACACCUUGGCUUAUUAAUAUGCGUGCACGCACCCGAGGGGGCGCAGAGAAGAUACUGGGGGG